CGGAGCGGGGACGCCAUGGGCAGCCGCCGCGGUCCCCCGCGCCCCGCCGCGCCUCUGCUGCCGCUGCCCGCGCUGCUGCCGGUGCUGGCGGCGCUGGCGGCCGGCGCGGCGGAGGCGCGGGCCACCUCGGAAGGGCAGCUGCCCGGCGCCGCGGCGAUGGGCACCGGCACCCCUCCGAGCCCCAGCGGCACCGCUUUCGAGGAGACGCGGCUUCACGUCUUCACCCUGGACUACCCCCACGUGCAAAUCCCGUUCGAGAUCACCCUCUGGAUCCUGCUGGCCUCCCUCGCCAAGAUCGGCUUUCAUCUCUAUCACAAGUUGCCCUCAAUAGUACCUGAAAGCUGUCUCCUUAUUCUGGUUGGAUUGCUUCUUGGUGGGAUUAUUUUUGGAGCAGAGGAGAAGUCCCCACCUGUAAUGAACAGUGACGUAUUUUUCUUGUAUCUGUUACCACCCAUUGUACUCGACGCUGGAUAUUUUAUGCCAACUCGUCUGUUCUUUGAGAACUUUGGUACCAUAUUCUGGUAUGCUGUGGUGGGUACACUCUGGAAUGCCAUCGGCAUUGGAAUUUCCCUUUAUGGAAUUUGCCAGAUCAGUGCAUUUGGUUUGACUGAUAUCACUUUGCUGCAGAAUUUGCUCUUUGGCAGCCUCAUUUCAGCUGUGGAUCCCGUGGCGGUGUUAGCCGUCUUUGAAAAUAUCCAUGUCAAUGAGCAGCUUUAUAUCCUGGUGUUUGGAGAGUCUUUGCUGAAUGAUGCUAUAACUGUGGUCCUGUACAAUUUGUUCAAGUCUUUCUGCCAGAUGCGCACAAUUAAGGUUAUUGACAUAUUCGCUGGGAUUGCUAACUUCUUUAUAGUGGGGAUCGGUGGAGUAUUGAUUGGAAUCCUUUUGGGAUUUGUAGCAGCCUUUACCACCCGUUUCACCCAUAAAAUCCGAGUGAUUGAGCCACUCUUUGUCUUCCUGUACAGUUACUUGUCAUACAUAACAGCUGAAAUGUUUCAUCUCUCGGGCAUCAUGGCGAUUACAGCUUGUGCCAUGACCAUGAAUAAAUACGUGGAGGAAAAUGUUUCUCAGAAAUCCUACACAACAAUAAAAUAUUUCAUGAAGAUGCUGAGCAGUGUCAGUGAGACUUUGAUCUUCAUCUUCAUGGGUGUGUCUACAGUUGGGAAGAACCAUGAGUGGAACUGGGCCUUUGUUAGCUUCACCCUCCUCUUCUGUUUAAUCUGGAGGGCACUGGGUGUUUUUGUUCUGACUCAGAUCAUUAAUGUAUUCCGGACAAUACCUCUCACUUUUAAGGACCAAUUUAUUAUCGCCUAUGGAGGUCUUCGAGGAGCAAUUUGUUUUUCGCUUGUAUUUCUGCUUCCUCCUGCUGUGUUUCCCAGGAAGAAAUUGUUCAUCACUGCUGUUAUCGUGGUGAUAUUCUUUACUGUUUUCAUUCAGGGAAUAACAAUUCGCCCACUAGUGGAGUUUCUUGAUGUCAAAAGGUCAAAUAAAAAGCAGCCUGCUGUCAGUGAAGAAAUUUAUAACAGGUUCUUUGACCACGUGAAGACUGGAAUUGAAGAUGUGUGUGGACACUGGGGUCACAACUUUUGGAGAGAUAAGUUUAAAAAGUUCGACAAUAAAUACCUGCGAAGACUUCUAAUCCGUGAGAACCAGCCCAAAUCCAGCAUUGUUUCUUUAUACAAGAAGCUAGAAAUCAAGCAUGCCAUUGAGAUGGCAGAGAGUGGAAUGAUAAGCAAGGUCCCAUCAUCAGUGUCUCUCAGUGACUAUCAUGAAGGAAAGAUAAAGCCACUUUCUCCCACUGAAAUGGAAAACAUGCGAGAAAUACUGACAAAGAAUCUCUACCAAAUACGACAUCGAACAAUGUCCUACAACCGACAUAGCCUGGCUGCAGAUGCAAACGAAAAGCAGGCCAAAGAAAUUCUGAUCCGUCGCCGGCACAGCCUUAGGGAAAGCCUGAGAAAAACAAACAGCCUGUCAAGGGAAAGACCGGCUGCAGCAAAUACAAAAAGAUUCCUUUCACUUCCUAAGAACACUAAACUCCCAGAGAAACUACGAGUGCGAAAUAAAACAUCUUCCAGAGUGGGUGACAGCAGUGACUCAGAGUUGGAUGCUGCUACCACAGUGCUCAAUCUAAGACCUAGAGCAGGGAAAAUCUUGAGAGACCAGAGACUGAGACAACAGAGGCCACUCCCUGAGUUUAGGGUGGAGUGGAAGAAUGAAGUUGACGGGAGCCAGGACGGACGAGGAGAGCAGCAGGACCCAAGCACCUUGCCUCAGCCAUCCAUUGGGUUCAGGCAGCCACUGCUGACAAGACCAAGAUUUGGCACUCUGAGCAGGGAAGAUUUGACUGCAGACCAUGGGUCAGCAAGACCUAUGCCACCACCACGGUUAGUUAGGCAGGCAUCACAAGGGGAAAGGCAGAGAAAUAAGCCUGAUAACCAGCCAUACUGAACAUAGCCAAAGAAGAACUAUUGAUAAUAAACCAUGGACAUACUGAAUUAGGAUUCUAAACUAUCUGAUCAGACUAUGGGAUCCAUUAAAAUAACAAAAUAAGCCUCACUCUGGGUCUAACCACUUCCAUUUGAGUUAAGUCAACUCCAUUAACUAAGUGAAAAGAAUACUGGAUCAAUUGCAAAGUUAAAGACAAAAUAUAUAUAUAUAUAUAUCUCUUUUAUAAAUAACUUAUUUCAAUACUUUAAUUUAAUUACAUUAUUUUCACUGUUAAGAUAGUAUGGAAAUGUGCCUUACCAAACAUCGUCUCUUGAGGAACCAAGUCAUGAAGGUUCAAUACACAGUUUUCCAUUGAAAUCAUUGUUGAAAGUCCAGUGAUGAAUGGAUUCUUAAAAAAUGCCCCCAAACUUGGGUGUCAUUUCAGAUUUUAUUUAUAAUCAAUAAUACCUAUUUUAACCAGAGCUUUAAUAUGAAUUACACUGAAAAUUGCACAAUGCACCUAUCAUAUAGACUUCUAAAGAAGAAUAAAUAUAUUCCUGAAGCCUAGCUUGCUCAAAGACCUCUGACACAGAAAAAGAGGAAGAAGAGAAGAAACAAGCUGUAGGGGCAGAAUUGCAAAUACAGCUUAUAAAAAGGACUUGCAACAGACACAAGACCUGAAUAGCUUGAAUUUUUACUUUCUGAAUUUUUGGCAAUAUGUUACCUUUGAAAGGUACUAAGGAUCACCAAAGAAAAACUGAAUUGCUUUGGCUUUCACUUAUGUCAGCAAGAACGGAGAGCACUUAGCAGGACACCAGAAGGCCUAAGAAGAGAAAACUUCAAGUGGAUAAAUAAUGUUCUGAAUCAAAAUUGCUUUUUUGCACCUUAGUUACUUGCAAACACGGCAGUAGAAUAGUUGCAGAGCACUGCGCGUAGACAAAGCGAGCAGUCUCCCGUUUGAGUCAGGGACCACUGAGACUCAAGAAAGCUCAUUCACUCAAGCUUGUGACCCUGGUUAAUUUGUUUUACUUUUUGUUUCCUCAUCUGUAAAAGGGGAAAGAUAAUCUUUUCUUUGUCUGAGCUAUGCACUCCAAGGAACAAAAAUGUUCCAUCUAAUUUGUUUUUACAGAAAAGUAGCACAGUGGGGCCCUGGAAUCAGUUGAAGUCACUGUGCACCUUAGUAACAUGGACUUCUUGAUGCUAGCGUCAAUGGCUGCCAUUUGAGGGCAUAUGGGAAGGGAGGGUGCAUUAAAAUAAAUGAUACUUAACUGUAGCUCUCAGGAAUUUGCACUUUCUGUCCCACUUAAUCUAAGUACUGAGCUUGCUUUAGCACAAAUACACAUUUCAGUACAAUGCAGAAAUAAUUUUCAUUCUACUUGUUACAAGAUUGAUAACUUUCAUUGAAGAAUGUACACUGUGAAAUCAUAACUUCUCUUUCAUUAGCACAUUUCUAAAUCUGUGGGCAAUAAGAUUAAUUUUUUUUUUAAUUUAAGCUUGUUUUGAAAGAACUAUUAAAAAUCAGAGUUUCCUUUUCAGAUCACAAGGUAGAUUUCUUUCAAAUGUUCAUGGGUGGGGGUUGAUAAAUGGGAAUGUAAGAGUUUCCUUCUUCCAACAGCAUCUCCAAAACAUUUAUUUCAUGUAUGUAUUUGAGAUAUCAAACCUUCCUAAACUCUUUCCUUAGCACAGGUCCUUUGAUCUUUUUCCUCUGUUCCAGCUAUGGAAGUUUCUGCUGUGUGGCAAAUGCAAAGUCUAAGCUGCAGAGGAAUGGCUUUGUGAACCCUAUAAACCUCAGUCAAAUGUUCAUGGUUAUUCUCAAAAAAUGAUUUUUGUGGAAAUCAACACUUAGCUGUCCUUUAAUGAUCAUCUCCUGUUUGGAAAUAAAAUUGGGUUCAAACAAAUCCAGGAAGUUUUAAAAACAAAUUUAAAUUUGUCUUUCAACAGGAAAGUACUUUCAUCUGUAAGAUUGUCAGGGAAUGCUCUGUCACUGCAUUAUUUUUGACUAAGAAAAAAGCCUCGAGUUUUGAUUUCAGUUUUGAGGCAACAUCCUUCUUACAGAUCAGACUGCUUAGAUGAGCUGUUUUAUAUUAGGCCCAUCUGAAAUCUGACCAAAUAAAUAAAUGUGAAAUGUUGCACAUCAACAUUUAGUUUACUCUCUGUGGAAUUUUCUUGUUCAUGUGCUGGUAAUGACCAAGCACUUGGCUUCUAUCUGGGGAGAGCUGCCUUUCAUUUUUUUUCAAACAGUUGUUAUUUUUUAUGGUACAAUUUUAAAUAAUGAAUGCAGGUUUCAGGAACCUUACUGCUAUGCUGGUUGCCCAUUAAUGCAGGGCAUGCUCACAUUAUUUGUGCUUAAAGUGGUGCCCCAUAGUACAAGCACAUCAAAUUGAAGGUCGUUUUUAUGAAAUAUGGUCUUAAGCUCUUGGUGCUCCAAAACAUGAUAGCAUGUUGUUACCUUUCCAAAGAACUUUGAAAUCCACAGAAUACAAGCAUCAAGGCACAUCUCCAGCAUGGUCACACUGUGAAGCAGAAUCACAAAUCUCCUGGGACUCUGUGUCCUUGAGAGUCCUCUCUGCCUUCCUCACUUCUGCUCUUCCCACCCUUUUCAGGCUCUUUUCCACUACUGCUGAAUCAGCCGCUUGUCAUGUCUGGGAACUGAUUUCCUGGAUACUCUCCUUUUCAGUAGCAAUGACAGCAGCAGGUGAAAUGGGCACCGUCCUAGGUAGCCCUUCCCAUUCAGCUCUUACUCUGGUUUGGGUCAGAGUUUUGCCUUUUUCUUCUUUUUUUUUUUUUUUUCUUUCCUGCAAAGUAAAACAAGUUAGCAGUUUUUUGAGCCUUCAGAGGAGAUACAUCCUUCAUGUUUUAUCAGUUUGUCUGCUGGAGAAUGAAAUGCCCAAUAAAUCUGUCCUCGAGCACCACCUGAUGGGGAAAGUCAUGUAUUGACUGAAGACAAUGUUUCUCGCUUUUUCGAGGAAACCAGAUCUUCAGCAGUGACUGGGAAACUUGCCAAAGCCACAUACAAAUAUUUUGUUUCCAGAUAGACUCCCCAGCACACUCUGUAGUAUAGAUAUUUUAAUGAAUUUUUGAUGAAGAAAGUCCAGUUUUAGGGAUAGCGGGAAAAUUCAGUUCCACUCUGAAUUAGGGUUUUCUGAGGAUUUCCCCUUCACCUCCUGAGAGGCCUAUAAAUUGAAAGUAAAUAGGAUAAGAAAGUAAGUAUUGCAAGGCCUAGAGGAGAUAGACACCCAGUUACCUUUUUUAGGCAGAUACUUGAAAAAAACCCCAAGAAUAAUUUGCCAAAAGAGGCAAAAUUUUAAGGGCUGUCCUACUUGGUACUAAAGUAGAAUGCAAAUUCCACUAAAACCAGUUCAACAAAAGAAAACCAUGCUGCAUAACAAUUAAAAACUUUAGAAUAUCCUUCUGCACUAAAGCCACAUAGAAAUCACACGGAAAAACAAAUUUAAUUUUUUUGCCAAAAUAACAUGCCUGCUGUUAUGAAGAGUAUCUUGGGCUCUGGGAGAAAACACAUGGCACCCUGCACCAACUUUUUCAAGAGCUGCCAAGUCCACCAAUUCCAGACAUCAGCUGACACACCAAGAAAUGCUUUAGCUGGUCACCAUUUCCAAAAUUGUCCUAGUUCUGGCAACAUCCCCCAUCCCCUGAAGGAAAGAUGAAGGAUUUUGAAAUUGGAUGUUGGGAUGCUUUUUGUACCACAAGAGCUCUGAUCCUAUAAAAAUAUCCUUGUAAGUGUGCAUAAACAUAGCACCCUAGUUGUCACAGUUUUUGUUUCAAAAAGUAAUUUUUGCCACAAAAAGGAAAAGAAAUUUUAAAUACUUCAGCUCACUUCAUUUUUCCUCUCUGAGACCUCCUAUUUAUUAGAUAUUUGGCAGAAUGGAAGACUGGUUCCUAUUGUGUAGCACAUCUCAAAAAAAAGUUCCUUGGUGCUGAGAUUUAAAAUAAUUAAAAAUUUGAAUUAAUUUCUCUUUGUAAAUUAACACAGAAGUUUGUCAGGACUUCCCUUUAAAAUAAACUGUAUACUCUUUCAUUUCUAAAAGCAGUCUGACCUCCACUCACUAUCAUUUGAUUCUCAAAGUUCAGACUCCAAUACACACUUACAAGAUUCAUGAUCAGCUCUUUGUGAAUGAGUCUUCAAUAUUAUAGCAAUAACAGCACAGGCAAGUUUUGGGUUUUCAGAUGCCAAAGUGCCAAGCUAUAAAGGAUCAUUUACCCAGUGUCCUGUAACACCCAUAACCAAAUGGGGACUGGCAGCACCCACAGAGGUUCCCAGCAGCAGGAAUGAAAUGGCACUACAGAGAGGCUGAAGCAACAAGCAAGCCAGAUCAUAAACAGCACUUGUCCUGUUUUGUUGCUGCAUUAUCUGCUCAAUAGUCAACUUGUUCUCAGAAGAUGAGAAUGGUACUGACCUCUGUGAUGAUUUACGCAGUGAGUAAAUUCAGAACAAAGAAAAA